GCAGGGCGCGCUCGUCUGUGUGAAAAUCACUCUCACAUAUAUAUGUUCUGUUCUGUCAUUAAAAGCGUCAAAAUAGAAAGAUCAUCAAGCAGUGGUUGACGUCAAAGACAGCAACUAAUAAUUGUUUUUGUUUAUUGGAAGGUCGAGGGGUUUUAUAUAUAUAGAGAGAGAGAGACAGAGAAAACAGAUCAGGGACAGAACAUGUAUGUUGACAGAGAGAAUAGAAGUAGUUGUACUUAAUUAAUCUCCUUGUCUUAUUUUAAGGUUUGGAUUUUCUUUUUCUUUUUUUUUUUGGUUAGUUUUGGAAUUUGAAUGAAGUGAUGUGAAUGGGUCAAUGCACGUCGCGGACGGUGAUCAGGAGCGGCGGAGAGCGGUGGGAGGAUUGUGUUGUGUCGUCGUCGGAGAGGGCGGGGUGCUUAGCGGUGAUGAAGGAGUAUCGCUCCAGGUUUUACAUAGCUCGACGGUGCAUCAUCAUGCUUCUUUGCUGGCAAAAAUACGGCAAGUAUUAAUUAGCGCUUAAUUAUUGUUCAUAAUCAAUCCGUUUCUUCUUCUUCUUCUUCUUUGGCCCAAUUAAUGAACAUUAAAUUGUAUG